UAUUUAUUCCAAUCGAUUUAUCGUAUUAUCUUUUCUCGCGAUUCAACUCGAUUCAAUUCGGUGUAUUGUUCAUGAUCGUUUUUUAUUCAACGUAAACAACACGUUUGACGAUACGAUAAACGUGUCGUGAUUAAAAUUAAUCGGUCAUCUGAAUACAGACGAAUUAUAAUCGCGAUAAAAUUCAUGGAAAAACAGGUUGAUCGACGAAUGAUGAUCGGAACGAUACGCGAGAUUUGGAAGAAAAGAAAAGAAAAAACUGAGUAAAAAUAAGAGAUGAUGAUCGAAAAAUGGAAUGAAAAAUUGAUCGUUCAAAAAUCCAGAAGAAGGUUGAUAAAUAAAUAGGCGACGAUAGGUUGAUUUGCCAGAGUUUGGGAAGCUACGAGUCUCGUACGAGUACGUAAACAAGCGCGAAUACACUGACACAUGCAUCGAUAUGUACGGAUGUACGCGAAUACUUAAGUGGAAGAGUUUAAAGCUUUCAAGUGGAGAAGUAUACGUAAAUAGGUGGAAAGGGAGGGAUGGAGAUGGGAAACGGAGAAAGAGGAAAGAGAAAAGGGAGCAACGUACACAGGCUUUCAGGGUUAAAGAGGGAGAAAAGAACGGCUGCAUCGCGACUGGCUGGAAAGGCAGCGUGUUUACACGGUUAGUGGGGGUAGAUGGUACCCGCGUCUCAGCUGAGCGUAGUAGUAUAGAGGUAGAAGACUGACGCGAGGGCGAGUUAGUUGCGAAUGAGCGCUCGUCGGGCGAGCGUCGUUACGACGUCGUUGCGGUCGAUAAUGUCAUCUCGUGAUCGACGAGCAGCCACUGGAUAUUGAAAAUCUUAUAUACGCACGAAUAUUAUACGCAUAAACGAGCAAUCGAGGACGUGUGGGGACAGUUUUUAAGUAUAUUUGUUACUUAUCUUUGUAGUGCUUUGUGUAAAGUGCGUGUACAUUGAAAAACAAUCGUUCUUUUGUUUUUCUUUACGCUGCGUCCACAUUGUCCCCGUGUCGCAUCGCACCGCGUAUCAUUGUCGUGCGUGCGAAUAACGAAAAUUACGCGCUUAUAAUUCUGACAGAUAGUGUUGCGUGAUAAUAAACUUCUCGCAUAUUGCCAUCUAUCUUGCGAUCGUCGAUACAUCUUGACCGUGUAGUCUCUUCUCAUUGUUAUUUUAUCGCACGUUCCAUCAUCAAUCGUACUGCCAUCCUCGAAAAAUUAUCUUUGUUUUGUUCGUCCAAGUAAACGUGACGUAGUGAUUGUAGUGAUGGUGGUGGUGAUAAUUAUAUAUUGGUAAUCGAAAUAAGCAAUAAUAAUAACGACGGAUACUGUCAUAGAAGUAAAACAAGAGAAGACGAGAGAAAAAGAAAAAAAAAAAGACUGCUCAAGUGAAAUACCGAAUACAGACAUAGUCGUAUGAGAAAAGAAAGAUUUCAAGAUAUUCUUAACAUCGAAUCGUUCGUUCUUCUUUACGGAUCGAAUUUGCAAAUUUUUUCGAGUGCAGUGUAUCGUUGCGGUCACAGAUUAAAAGUGAAGUGAUAAGAAGAAAUUUGUUGUAAUUCUCGGCCCGCAAAAUGGUGCCGCAACAACAAGAUAGUCCCUCUAGUUCCGGGAUUCCUAUGUUUGGAUCAUUGCUUGUGGAUAAAAAUUCGGCGACACCGUAUUCGGAUGCCACGCAAACGAAAAAGAACAAUCCUAAUCACAUAAAGAGGCCGAUGAACGCGUUUAUGGUUUGGUCACAGAUCGAACGUAGAAAAAUAUGCGAGAUUCAGCCUGAUAUGCAUAACGCGGAGAUUAGUAAACGGCUGGGAAGACGUUGGAAAACGUUGGACGAAGCUGAAAGAAGACCGUUCAUCGAAGAAGCGGAACGGCUGAGGCAAUUGCACAUGGUGGAAUAUCCGGAUUACAAAUAUAGACCGAGGAAAAAAACUUCGAAAUCGGCAACGUGUAUAGGGCAAAAAACAAAAGAAGGGGGGGGAGGUAAGAAGCUGAGGAAAUCGGGUUUGUCAUCGAUGGGAGGAGCAGGAGGAGGAGGAGGAGGUGGUUCAAUGUCGAGUAAGAAUCACACACGGAAUCACGAUAACAACAACAACAACAACAACAAUUCCGAGACGAGCGGCACAGGGAGUACCGUGGGCGGAAUAGCGGUGAAAAGGUUGCAAACUCACUCGGUCGGUAACAAACCCGUAUCGCGUUUGAAGGUUAGAUUGGCGUUGGAUAAGAGACCUCCUCUCGACUACACGCCUAGUCCACCGAUCGUCACCGCGAAAAUACCGAGCAGCCCGUCUUGCGUUACGCCGGAUUCGCCGGAAUCCGCGAGUUUUUACGAGGACAAUUUGUUGGAGUGCGGCGGCGGGUCGACCGUCGGCAGGCUAAUGGCCAACGACAACACGGACCGUCGCGCGGCGAUCAGAGCUACGCAACCGUCUACUACCGUUGGCAAAAUGAAGCGGGAGCCCAGUUUCGAGAUGGAUUACGAAAGCACGUUCGAGCCGAAGGAUCGAUUGCUAUCCUCGGUCGGUCCCGUUACCUUCGCCGCUUCCGUCGAAGACAUGGAUCUACUUUCGGACAAAAGUUUACGCGUACGAACGCCCCGUCACAACAAUCAUCACCAUCAUCACCAUCAUCAUCAUCACCACCAUCAAAAUCAUAGCGGCGAGGAUGAUCGUCGCCACCACCACGACCACAACCACCAUCACCACCAUCACCACAACCACAACCACAACAACCACAACCAUCAUCUGGAAUGUCGAUCGAACUUUCUGAUGAAAGAAGAUUCGGCAACGUCGAACAUCGUGGGAGCGGCGACGAGCACCGGGACGACCACCACGACCACGAGCACGGGAAGAACAACGAUCGAGACGAUAGAUGGAAAGAUGAAGAUGGAAUUGAAUUCCGGCGAGGGGACGGAAAUUGAAAUGGAAACGGAUUUGUCGACGACCGUGACGAAUACGGAUAGGAACAGGAGCGACGCGGCGGGAACGGAACAACGAGGGCGGACGAAACAUUCAACGAGCGCUGUUGUCGGUUCGGCCGGUACGAAUGACGAUACCAACAGCGCUUCGAACACGAUCAUCGAUGCUCCUAAUAAUAUAAUCGGGGAUACGACCAUUGCCGCAACGGUCGUCAAACUCGAGGAAUCGACCAAUAAUCCGAGUUUGGCCGAUCUUUAUUCGUUGACGGAUCUGUUGCAGAUACAACCAUCCGAUUUCAAAAUUGAUCUAGAUAUGGAAACGAUAACUACGGACCUGGAUACGUUCGAGACUGCUAGCUCGAGCAGCGGAUCACACUUUGAGUUUUCCUGUACACCAGACGUCACGGAUAUGUUGUCCACUAUUGGCGUAGGCUCAGACUGGGUUACCUUUUGAAAAUUUCCCAAAUUUUCGAUCUAUUCGGUGCGAAAUUCCAAUAUUAUUUUGCGUAUAUUAUUCUAUAAAUCCGGAUCAUCCAUUUUCUUCGCAUCUUCUUCUCCGAUACCCAAAUUUGGUAUCCGUAUUAAAUCUAUAAAACGAAUUUUCGCGACAAUCUUGAAAAUACGAAAAUACGCAACAUGACAGCAAGUCUUUUUGUACAUUUUUCGUGUAGUAUAUUAGGUAUAAGAUGUUUCUCUUUUUUUUUUUUUUAUAUAUAUAUAUAUAUAUUUUUUUUAUUUUAUUUUAACGGCAUUAUUAUACAUAAAAAGUGGGAAGAGGUCAUCGAGAACUCGUCCUUUUUCGCAUCUUUGACGAAGGAGAGAAAAAGAAAAAAAAAAAAGAAAGAAAACAGGGAAUUGGACGCAUACUAAUGAUCGCCGCCGUCAUUUGGUAAUGAGAAACGAGAGCGUAGAAAGAAA